ACCUGCCGAAGUUGUUGAUGUGUUGAUUUCGAGUUGGCCUGGCCUCUCUCUCUCACUCGGACGGGCAGUCAGUAGUGCGUUAAACGGUCAUUAUUUUAACAACUAUUGGUUUGCCGCUUCAAACCGAACCGUAACCGAUUUGUCGUCAUACCGCUAGACAGUGCGACGGCCAAUUUAGCUGCCAUUUGUUUGUUGACGCUCAAAGGAGACAACGCGAUCGGUCUACUAAAUCUAGAACAGUGUCAUUCAAACAAGCAUCCGGUAGUGACAUACUCGAGGCAAGAGUAAACAAAAACCGACCAAUUAGGUCCGGCACCGUGGAAGUGUAUCAUUAGCCUACUAGACAGAGUGGAAGUGAACAAUCAAAUUAAUUUUACCAGCAGGCAUCUACUCCUACCGAUCGAAGCAACCAGUCACUGGCAACCAUGGGAAACGCAUGCUCAGACAAUUCCAAAUCUCCAAUACCCGGUGGUAGAUACCAGCCUGAGAGCGCCGCCACCGCGAAAACGCACACCACAGCAGGCCUGAUGACCAGCAGCAGUCAUGGUGCCUCGUCCCGUAACAACGGAGCGGCAGUCUGUAGUGAGCUGUCAAACGGCAAACAAGCACCAGCGAAUAGAUCAGCCGUCUGUAAAUUCAGUACCACCAGCAACAUGAGCGAAACCAGCCGCGAUCGUUUGGGCCAGUGGCCAGUGGAGUCCGACGGUGAAGUAGCCGGUGGAGUGUCCGGGUUCGCCCGGCUGCAUAAUGGGCGUUUCAAUAAGGGUUUGGCAUUUACCAUUGAGGAGCGCCAAGCGCUGGGUCUGCACGGACUGAUGCCUGCCACCGUUCGUUCCGAGGAAGAGCAGCUCAAGCACUGUCUCACCCUGCUGAACCGCUAUGAAAAUGAUCUGGAUAAGUACAUUUAUCUGGUUGGACUGCUGGAUCGCAACGAGCGAUUGUUCUACCGGGUGCUGUCUUCGGACAUCAGCGGCAUGAUGCCUCUGGUCUAUACACCGACGGUAGGAUUGGCUUGUCAGAAGUACAGCCUGAUCUUCCAGCAGCCUAAGGGUAUGUACAUCACGAUCAACGACAAGGGCCAUGUCUAUGACGUGCUGAAAAACUGGUCCGAAACUGACGUGCGCGCCAUCUGCGUCACCGAUGGUGAACGUAUUUUGGGCCUGGGAGAUUUAGGUGCCAACGGUAUGGGUAUUCCUGUCGGUAAGCUCGCCCUCUACACGGCUUUGGCAGGAAUCAAACCGCAUCAGUGCUUACCCAUCACCCUGGACGUUGGUACCAACACGCAAAGCAUUCUGGAUGACCCUCUGUACGUUGGACUCCGGCAUAAGCGCGUUACCGGCGAGGCAUACGACGAAUUCAUCGAAGAAUUCAUGCAAGCUGCAGUACGACGCUUCGGUCGCAACUGCUUGAUUCAGUUCGAAGACUUUGGAAACUCCAAUGCAUUCCGUUUCCUGGAUAAAUACCGCGAUAACUACUGUACCUUCAACGAUGACAUCCAGGGGACCGCUUCGGUUGCCGUUGCCGGGCUACUAGCUUCGCUGCGUGUCACCAAGACCAAACUGAGCGAAAACAGAGUCUUGUUCCAAGGAGCCGGUGAAGCUGCUCUUGGUAUCGCCGAGCUUUGUGUGAUGGCAAUGCGACAGGACGGAAUGAGCGAGGAAGCUGCUCGCAAGAAUAUCUGGCUUGUGGACAGCAAAGGUCUUAUCGUUAAGGACCGCCCGAAGGGUGGUAUCUCCGGUCACAAGCAUCGAUUUGCCCACGAACAUACGCCCGUCGACACGCUGACGGAAGCAGUCAAGGAUAUCAAGCCUACCGUCAUCAUUGGCGCCGCUGCCAUUGCGGGAGCCUUCACGCCGGAGAUCCUACGUACCAUGGCUGAACUGAACGAGCGCCCGAUCAUCUUUGCCCUGUCGAAUCCAACCAGCAAAGCCGAAUGUACCGCUGAACAAGCCUACGAGAACACUGAUGGCCGCUGCGUGUUCGCUUCGGGAUCUCCAUUUGCUCCAGUAACAUACAAGGGAAAAACGUACCACCCAGGCCAAGGCAACAACUCGUACAUUUUCCCAGGUGUAGCCCUUGGUGUGAUCUGCGCUGGAGCGGCCACCAUUCCGGAGGAAAUCUUCCUCAUCUCAGCACAACGUUUGGCUGAAAUCGUCAAUGACGACGAUCUUGAACGUGGUAGCCUAUACCCACCGCUGGAAACAAUUCAGGAUUGUUCCAUUAAAAUUGCCGUCCGUAUUAUGGAGCAUGCGUACCAGAAUGGCCUCGCCUGCACCAAGCCGGAACCAAGUGAUAAGGAAGCAUUCAUUCGCUCUCAGAUGUAUGACGUGUCCUAUAAGUCCGCGCUGCCAGCGGUUUACCCUUGGCCCAAGUUGUAAGCGACUUGACAGUCGUCUCAUUUUUGUACAUUUUGUUUCGUUUCUUAACAAGCCUUUCAUUUUCGUAUUUGCAUAGAGACAACGGAAGAUUUCAAGCGGGUUUAGAGUUUCGGGUGUACUUUGAAAGGAACAAUAAUUGCUUCUUUUGAACUCAAAUGCAAUUUUUUUAACUUUCAUAGACCAUUAUUUUUUAGCAAAUUUUAUCAACACAAAAUCCGCAAUUAUUUGCGUUGCUCAUCUCUUAUUCGUUGUCUGCGCUUGUAAUAUUGUCCUUGUUGAUACUAACCAAUGUGUACUUGUCGGUUCGUAUCUGUAUUCUUACAUCACUUUCUCAUAAAUAGCAAACACAUUCAAAAGAGGAAAAAAAAUAAAAACUGUAAUUUAUUCGAACCAAUGUCUUAUAAGAUAAAUGUUGAUGUAUAAAUAGUAAGCUGUAUGAUCAACAGCUAGCUGAUGUAUGGUACUACAAAUAAAUAAUCGUAAGUGGCUAUCGAGUUGGUAA